AUGUGUGGUAUCCUGGGUUUGAUUCUGGGCCACAUCGGCGACGACCCCAACGUCCCGUGCAGAGCCGCCAGCGAACUGCACAAUGCGCUCUACUUCCUCCAGCACCGAGGGCAGGAUGCCUGUGGCAUAGCAACAUGUGCGGCCGGCGGUCGGAUAUAUCAGUGCAAAGGCAACGGAAUGGCCGCCGAUGUCUUCAAGUCUAGCGGCUCUCGGGUCCAGGACUUGCCUGGCUCCAUGGCCAUUGGGCAUCUCCGGUACCCGACAGCGGGCACGAGCUCGUCUGCUGAGGCCCAGCCUUUCUAUGUCAAUUCACCCUACGGCAUUGUGUUCGCUCACAACGGCAACCUUAUCAAUGCGCCGGAGUUGAAGGAGUAUCUCGACAAGGAGGCACACAGACACAUCAACACGGACAGCGACAGUGAGCUGAUGCUCAACAUCUUUGCAAACGAGCUCAACGAGACCGGCAAGGCUCGAGUCAACUAUGAGGACAUAUUCAACGCCAUUGCGCGCAUGUAUAAGCGCUGCAAGGGAGGUUGGGCCUGCACAGCCAUGAUCGCUGGUUAUGGCCUCGUAGCUUUCAGAGACUCGAAUGGUAUCAGACCAUUGAUCAUGGGUCAACGGCCGUCGGAGACUCUUCCUGGAGCGACAGACUACAUGCUUGCGUCUGAGUCUAUAGCGUUGCGGCAGCUCGGAUUCACCAACAUGCGCGACAUCAGGCCUGGCGAGGCCGUCUUCCUCGGCAAGAGUCGGGCACCAGUCUUCCGCCAGGUUGAAGAACCGAAAUCGUACAGCCCCGAUAUCUUUGAAUACGUCUAUUUUGCCCGUCCGGAUACGACGAUCGACGGGAUCAAUGUCUUCAAGAGUAGGCAACAGAUGGGCUACAAGCUUGCCGAUAAGAUACGCAAGAUUCUUGGAGAUGAAGGCGUCAAGGAGAUCGACGCUGUCAUUCCCAUCCCAGAAACCGCAAAUACAUCAGCAGCUUCCGUUGCUGAGAGUCUAGGAAAGCCCUACAGCCAAGGCUUUGUUAAGAACCGUUACGUCUUCCGUACAUUUAUCAUGCCCGGCCAAAGUCAACGACAGAAGGGAGUUAGGAGGAAGCUCAGUGCCAUUGAGUCCGAGUUUGAGGGCCGAUGCGUGCUGUUGGUUGACGAUAGCAUUGUUCGGGGUACCACCAGCAAGGAAAUUGUCGUCAUGGCAAGAGAAGCUGGCGCGCGAAAGGUUAUUUUCGCCAGCUGCGCCCCUCCCAUCACUCACCCUCACAUCUACGGCAUCGACCUGGCAUCACCGAACGAGUUGUUGGCAUCGGACCGGGAUCGUUUUGCUAUUGCCAAAAUCAUUGACGCUGAUGAGGUCGUGUACCAAGACCUCUCGGAUUUGAAGGCUGCGUGCGCCGAGUGCUCACCAGAGCAUGGCCCGAAAGAAUUCGAAGUUGGAGUAUUCUGUGGUAGCUAUGUCACGCCAGUACCGGAUGGCUACUUUGAGCAUCUGGUCGAGCUGAGAGGGAAGAAGCCCAAGACUGCGGCGGCGCUUCCCAAUGCAACGCCUCAACCGAUUGCAAGCAGCGGCCCAACACUGACUGGUGCAUCGACAAAUGGAGAAUCUGGGCAAAGCUUGGAGCAGCUAAGGGGCACAGUUGCCUCUCCUGUCCAAAGGGAAGACAUCAGUCUUCACAACGUAGCUCUGGACUCGGACAGGAGAUAG